AUGGAUCCUGACUUUGAACCAGAUUUUGAAGAGUCGAUUGACGAAUCUUUGGAAGCUGAAUUCGACAUAGAUGCACUAGUAGACACCUUGAAUGAUGACGACCGUAACUCCAACUUUGAGGUAGAAGUAGGGCCGGCCUUAUCUAGUUCAGACAUUCCAGAACUCAUAAAGAGAAUUUCGGAAGAGACAAACCUCUACGUGGUACAAAAAGACCCAAACAGCACGUUUCGUGUAUCGGAGACAGAAAUGCGUCAAUUUAUAGGGGUAGUAUAUAUGAUGUCACUGAUUCAGCUACCCAGAGUGACCAACCACUGGAGUUCCGUCUUGGGUACACCUGUAAUUCAACAGACCAUGCCUUCUAAUAAAUUUGAAAAGAUUAGACAAUAUCUGCAUUUUAAUGAUAACACUAAAUGUCUACAUAGGACCCACCCUGACUCCGAUAGGAUCUUCAAAAUUCGCCCAGUCGUUGAUGCCUUGAACGAAUCUUAUGGUAAAGUUCCAUUAGAAAAACAACUUUGUGUAGAUGAGCAAAUUUGCUCUACAAAAGCGCGUAACAUGCUGAAAAGGUAUAAUCCCAAGAAACCGCAUAAGUGGGGUUAUAAAUUAUAUGUUUUGAGUGGUGUUUCCGGUUUUGCUUAUACAAUAGAGAUUGAAUCUGGCAAAGAGAAUGUUGUCAGACCCGACGAGCCAGAUUUAGGAGCUUCUUCCAAUGUAGUAGUGAGAUUAUCGCGUAUGAUUCCGCGACACCAAAAUUACAGGCUCUAUUUCGAUAACUACUUCACAUCCUUGCAUCUUUUGGAAUAUUUAGCAAAAGAAGGUAUUCUUGGGCUAGGUACUAUUAGAAGGAAUAGAAUACCUGACUGCAAGCUGUCGUCAGAAAAAGAGAUUAUGAAGAAAGAUCGAGGAUAUUCUGAAGAGUACAUAGCUGAUGUCAACGGCGUCGACGUGUCAACGGUUGUAUGGAAGGACAAUAAGCUUAUUACAUUGGCUUCCACAUUUGCUGGUCUAAAUCCUAUAAGCGAAGUCCGGAGAUACGACAAAAAGAACUCAAGAUACAUAAACAUCCCGCGACCUAAUGUUGUGAGCGAGUAUAACCGUCAUAUGGGCGGUGUGGACCUUGUAGAUAGCAUUAUGGGCAUCUACAAGAUAAAACUGAGAAGCAAACGUUGGCAGAUGCGUCUCUUCUAUCACUUCUUAGACCUAACAAUGGCUAAUGCAUGGCUGUUCUAUAAAAGAGUCUGCAAGUAUAAAAACAUUCCCAACAAGACCAUCAUGGCAUCUGCAGAUUUUCGCCUGGAAAUUGCCGAAACAUUGUGCAAGAUGGGGGUGAAAACGGGUUUAACAAUACGCCGAUCUAUUGAAGGUCAAAUCCUAGCAAAGAAACACAAAGGACCUGCCCAACAUGUACCUCCACAAGCAGUCCGCCAAGAUCAAGUCGGUCACUGGCCUCAAUGGGCAGAAAAAAAAAUCCGUUGUAAGUUCCCAAAGUGUGCUGGAUUUACUCAUACGGUGUGUGAUAAAUGCGGCGUAGCUUUAUGUUAUACCAAAAACAAAAAUUGUUUCAGGAAUUUCCAUCUGUUGUAA